UCCAAUCCGCACGUAAUACCAAACUCUUUCCAUUCAACGUGCCUAGCCCGCAAAAUCACAGAUCCCUUCCCUUUCCCGGUAACACAGAUUCUCUCUCUCCCUCUCUCUCUGAGAUCGACUCAACUGUGCAUCCACAUCUGAGUGUCCCCACUUCAUACACAGAGAUUACACAUUCAACAAACAAAUUUAAGAAUACAAAUUUACACACAUAUAUCAUUGUGGAAAUGAAGGAUGAUGAAUCCAUACCAGUUUCUACACCUACAACACAUUCGAAGAAUUCCACAUCUGAUGCCACAUUAUUCGGAAGAGGUCGGUACAAGUUCUGGGCAUUGGCCGGUAUUCUUUUGCUUGCAUUUUGGUCAAUGUUUACUGGUACUGUUACUCUCCGAUGGUCCGCCGGUAACCUCAACGGUCUCUCCGAUUACUUCAAUGUUCCUCUCUCCGAUGAUCUCGACGUCAUCGAAAUGGAAGAGAGGGAGAAGUUGGUGAAGCAUAUGUGGGACGUGUAUACUAAUACUCCUCAGAUCAGAUUGCCUAAGUUUUGGCAGGAGGCAUUCGAGGCAGCCUAUGAGGAGUUAACCAGUGACCUUGCUGAUAUUCGAGAGGCUGCAAUCUCUGAGAUCUCUAAGAUGUCUCUCCGAUUUGUUCAUAUGGAGCUGCCACCUCUGCAUUCAUUGCAAAGACUCAAAGUAAGCAGAUUGCUGGCCAAAUGGAAUCAUAUGUUGGCUUAAACUUACAAACCAAGCGUAUUGAACUCAUCCAUUUGCAUCAGUUUGGCUAAGUGCAGUCCUUAUGGAGAAAAGAGAAAAAGAGAAGAAAAAAGAGGGACUUGAUUAGAUGAAUAAACUAGCUUAAGACAACCUGUGUACACACAUAAGAAGAAUGGUAUAGUCAAUCUUGAAACUCAUUAUAUAAUUCGUAUUUUGGUCUUCAGUUAUCGCCCUUCUGCCACUGAUAUAGUUAUAUCAUUAACGGACUGAGCGUUGCCGCUUUGUGAUUGAAGAUGAGAAUACAACCAUCUUUGAAAUAUAAAUGUAGGUUGCUUUGGUUGAGGCAGAUCCAUGUCGCUACUACUUAGCAUAAGAACAACAGAUGACAUCGAUGGCCUAUCGAUGCCUAUCAGCUGCAUUGUCUUGGAGACAAAGCAGGCCAACUUGUAUGCAUCUCAACACUGUCACAGGAGAAAAUGAGCCGGAAAGUGUUUUAUCCAUUAAAUCUAGUGCCUUGCUUUCAGUCAAAAGCUGCCA